AUGUCACAAGGUCCUCAUCGACGCGUCUCAACCUUUAAGGCCGCUUCCCGAACACGUCCUAAAGGCAAAGUCUUCCCCGGCGCACUGCCCAUGGGGGAGGAUUCGAUCUUGGAAGAAGCGUCUCCCGGACAAGAGCCCGCGGCAGGAGGCGAGGAGCGCGUCGCUUCUUCUAGCCAGCCCCUCCAACGCGAUUCCACUAUGAUCAUCGCGACUGAGUCCACACGUAAGGUAUUCCCUGGUGCACUGUCUUUUGGAGAGUCUUCCUUCCUCGACGACUCGUCCGUGACGAUGGCAUCCCCACCUGCUACGACUCCCCUCCUUCGCCGCGAGUCCACCAUGAAGAUCGAUACCGACGAUCAAGCAUCUACCGCAUCCUUGACACGGAAGGGGUCCGCAAUGCAGGAGGACCAACUCGCCGAAGAUGAAGACUGCGAGCUACCGCAAGCUCUCGAGCAGCAGGGUCCGUCCCAGCCGCAGACGGGGUACAGACCUGUCGACCUCUCCAUCGCCGUCAUCAACUCUGAAGCCGCCUUGAAUUCGUCCCCCGUCAAGAAACCGGAAGACGACAUCUUCCUUAGGGAGAUCAAGCGACUCGCUGAGCAACAAGCGUGGCAGCAAGCCCUCACGGAGGCCCGAAAGGUCGCAGAUAGGGCUAUCAACCUCGAAGAGUUCAGCCAGGCUCGUCAACGAGAGGCACUCAAGCUGAAGACUCCAGAGGAACGAGCAGCCUUGGGGCUUCCAGAGGUCGAUCAGGACGAGGACAUGGAGAAGCCUGCUCGAAAGCGCCGUCUAUAUACCAUCGACGAGCGUUCCGAGGGGCAUCAGAUCGGAAUGGGGCAUGGAGAGGUCCUCCAGCGACGAGGAAGGGAUGGAGGCAAGAAGAAAACUCGAAGAUCCAAGAAGGGGACCAAGGAGAGGAAGAGGAGAGAGAAGGAGAGGACAGUGGAGAGGGAGGACAGAGUGGAGGAUGGACCGUCCUCGAACCAGCAACUCGGCGAUGCCAGGGAUCCAUUCUUGAAUCCCCUUGCGCACCCACUCCCGCCUAAACCUAACACACGGCUUCCCGCUAGCGUUGGUGGAACCCGUCGGGAGCGACAGAAGCGCUACGACUCCCGCUACAAUCCCAUCGCCAUCGUCCAGCACCCCGAUCCUGCAGAGGAAUUCAUCAAAGCUGUGGAGGAGACACGGCGUCGGGAAGUGGAACGCAAGAAGGAGGAAGCUGCCUGGAAGGCCGAACAAGAGCGCCGCCAGCGCCAAGAAGCGGUGGAGGCUCGGGCAAGGGCGGAGAGGGAGGCAGCCGCUGCACGCUUGAAGGCUCAACUGGAGGAGGAGAACAAGCGCCUGGCAGAAGAAGCCUACAUCCGACAGAGGGCUGAUGAAGUCGUCAAGACUGCACGGCAAUUGGAGCGUGAGGCUGCAUUGUUGCGCGAACGAGAGAACCGCAUUCGGGAGGCUUUGGCGAGGGAGGCCAGCUUCCUCGAGAAACAAGCUCACCGUAUCGAGCAGGAGCGAAUCAGUGCUUUGCAUCGCCAGAAACAUGAAGCUUUCGAACACCAGCAACACCAUGGGGCUCGAGAGCACCAUCACCAGCACCCUCAGCAACAGCAACAGCCGUUCCCGCCUCAGCGUCCUCAAACAGCUCAGCCGCCGACACGCGAACCGUCCCCCGAUGCUAUGAUCCUCGAUGGCGCCUCUUUCUACGGCCCGAUCGCUCACUUCCGCGCUCCUCCCCUUACCCACCAACCAUCCUUCAGAACUCUCCAUUCCACUUACGAUCUCAAAUGGGAUGCCCUGCGCGAGGUCCCCGACAACACAGUCCGAUUCGCCUCCUUCCCUUGGCCCGUCCUUGAGCGUGUCACCGGCCUCGAGAAUCUCACCAAUGAGAACUUUACCAAGUUUUUCAAGAACGAGGAGAGGUUCGAGUUUGAGCACAGGAACUUGAAGGCAAGGCUUAAGCCUGAAAUUCUUCGCUGGCAUCCCGACAAGUUCAUCCAGCUUUAUGGUUCCAAGAUUCAUCAAGAUGAUAUCGAAGCUGUUAUCGAAGGUGCUGGAAUUGUUUCUCGAUAUCUUAUCGAGCUUCAUUCGAGCCUUUGA